CAAACCGCAGCCAUAUUGCUAAACUUUUGACGGCGCGGUUGAUUCAAGUGUUAAUAAACUGUAGCUCUAUGGAUAAAUUUAAGUCAAACUCCGUAACAGACCUCCAAAAGUACUUAAGAUAGCGAGGCGUUACAUAUGCUAACACUAGAAAAGCCGAAUUGGUCGACCUGUGCAGAUAUGCAGCAGAGCUGAACAUUGAGGUUGACCCGGACGGGCUGGUGGAGGACAGAAGUGAGGUGCUGGAUGCCAAACUAUGUGUGCAUGGAAAUACAUUAGUUAAUCCACAACUAAUAGCAGGCACUUAUGACCUUUCCAAAAUUCCUCGUGUGUCUAUAUUUGAUAUCUACAACUAUCUACUGGGGUACGACGAAUUCACUCACAGUACGCUACGAGAUUACCACAAGCUUGAGGGGUACACGAUGUUCAGGGACGGAUAUGUCAUUGAUCUGACCUCAGCAUCGUAUGAUUCUCCAGACUAUGUAGCCCUAAAAGGACAAGUCAGACCCAGAGUGAAGGACAAGGACCCUCUCACUAAACGCAAAUACUACCAGUGUUGGCUUGUUAUUACAUCAGAAGGGUGCAUUCAUUCAGCAUACUGUACAUGUAAAGGAGGGAUAGAUGGCAGCUGUAGACAUGUAGUAGCCACACUGUUUGAGGUCAAUGACUUCCUGAAUGAUGAAUCAAAGACCACCUGUACAUCUAAACCCUGCACAUGGAAAAGGAGAGCCUGUGAAGCAGACAAAUUAUCCCAGCCUAUUCCUGCUGCUGACCUAGAUACAUCUGUAUUAUCUUCAUCAAGCUGCCAGACAACAAGACCAAACUAUUGUCCUUUGGCUGAGGAUGUUCCUAAACCAGAUCCAGAUGUGUUUUUGAAGCAGUUACAGACAUUGUGUCCAAAUGCAUGCCUAGUAAAAUCUGUUUUUAAAACAACAGCUGCCUUAAUUGCUCAGCCUGCUCUAACAGUAACAAGAAACAUGGCAAUGCCAUGAAACCAGGUUUUCAAUUAUCACCAUUGUAGAUAAAUAUGUUGUAUUUGAAAUACAAAUACAAGCAACAAACAAUGUAACUAUGUGCAAUGUAAAACAUGAAUAAUGUAGGAGGAAUUGCCACUGAAGAAGUGUUCACUAUAAUAUUAUGUAUAAGGAAAAAAACAAAGGGCCAUAAUUAGGUCAAAAACUAUCCAAUCACAAAACCCCGACAAUAUGUGCCAGGGUGCUUGAUGACAAAGCUUCUGUGAAAGUUUGAACAAAAUCCGUUGAGAAAUGUAGGACGAGUUCAGCACAGAAGAAUUUGUUCACUAUAAUUAUAUUGAUAAUUCUGUAUAAUGAAAAACAAGUUACAAAGUAGACAUGAAAUAAUAUAUCAUAUCUUUUUUAAAUUACCUCCAAAGAUGAUAUGACCUUUGACUGCCAAAUCAAGUUAAAAUCAUGUAAACAGGAUUUUCAAUGUUAAUGUCACUGUGACCUUGACCUUGGAGCCAGCCAUGCGGAACAUGCGUUCUGCACGUCAUCUUGAUGUGGUAAACAUUUGUCUGAAGUUUCAUCAAAAUUCUUCAAAGGGU